AAUUCCAGCAAAGGAAUCCAAGGCCAAAGAACAUGCCAAAGAACCAGAUGCAUCAGAAGAUACACAAAUCUCUCUCAACGAAAGAUCAGAAAAAAUGGAAGUUAUCCCAAAGCAAUGUAAAAAUAUUCCCUCUUUGGUUGCAUUUGAAAAUCUCAAAGGAAAUGUGACUGACAUGAUGCUAACCUUGUUGGUGGAGAACAUAAGUGGCCUGUCCAGUGCUGAUUUUGAAGUGGAAGUAAUACGAGAUUUUGAUGUUGGUGUAGUUACCUUUCGAAAAUACAUAGACAGAGGUGCAGAGAUGCUAAUAAAUGAAGAACUGGAUUUGAACCCUGGCAGCAGACCUCUAUACAGCCUGUUCUGUUAUCCCCUUUACCAUAUAUCUUCUCAGUAUUUUCAUGGUCAUCCACAUAUGCAGGGAGAAUGCCAUGAAAUUUGUUGAAGAUUGUGCCAUGCACCAUUCAGUGACACAACUUCAGCUUUCCCCAAGACUUCUGGAA